AGCCAGAGCCGUAGAAUAGAAUAUGAAACCCAUGCAGAAUAUAAAAACUGAGUGUGACACCAUGGAAACAAGACAGUAGUUAAUUUAUAUGCUGUUAUCGGUGUGCUGUGUAUUUUCUGCAGCCCAUCUUUCAUCUUUCAUGUUUAUUAGUCUGAGCAUUCAGCAGUUUGUAGGCUACAGGAUAACGUCAAGUAAGUGUUUUACUGGGUUGACAACAACAUGCUGUAAAACUGAAAGAUGAGCUCUCUGUUGUUAGCGUAGGGUUACAAUGCCGCUCGCUCCUGCGAACCAGUCCCAGUUGAUUCGGUCCAGUCAAAAGGACGAAUAUUAUCAAAGUUUCCUGAGAAACAACGCAAACGAAGCUGUUCAAACACUUGCUGGAUCCAAACGAUGGCUGGACUGGAGGAGAGAGAUCGAGCUGCUGUCAGACCUUGCAUACUAUGGUUUAACAACAUUCUCAGGUUACCAAACCCUGGGAGAGGAGUAUGUCAGUGUCAUCCAGGUGGAUCCCACUAAACAUCAAAUCCCCUCUCGGGCCAGACGAGGCCUCUUCAUCCUCUGCCAUUCCUUCUUUCCUUACCUCCUGGACAAGGUCCUGGUGUGCCUGGAGAACGAGCUGGAAUGUGGACAGAGCCGCAGCGGUGUCAGGCAGCGGCAGGCAGCAUCUGGGCUGUGGAGCCUGGAGUCUUGGCUGAGGAGAUGGAUGCAGAGGGCCGUGGGGCUGCUGACAGAGCCCCAGAAGAGAGCGUGCCUGCCAGCUGUGUUUGUCCUCCAUCAGGGCCUGACCCUCUUGCACCGACUCCACGUGGCUCUAUUCUACAUCAGCGGCUCUUUCUAUCAUCUGUCCAAGAGGGCGGCUGGUAUCAGCUACCUGCGUUUGAUGGGGCUCAACAGCGAUGAUGGGACCAUCAGAAGCAGCUACAGGCUGCUGGGGGUGGUGUCCCUCCUCCAGCUUCUCAUCACUGUGUGUCUGCAGCUCAACAACUUUAGACAGAAGCAGAAAGCCAGGCAGGAGUGGAAGCUCUACAGGAACCUCAGUCCUCAGCACACACACAGGUCUGGCCCCAGAGCUGCUAGCUGUAUCCUGUGCCUGGAGGAGAGGAUACACUCUACCUCCACUCCCUGUGGACACCUCUUCUGCUGGGAGUGCAUCACAGAGUGGUGCAACACCAAGGCGGAGUGCCCCUUGUGUCGGGAGAAGUUCCAGCCUCACAGACUGGUGUACCUGAGGAACUACAGCUAGAACUACAAAGCCUGAUAAUGCACACAAACAAACACAGUGGUGGACUGUAAUGCUUUGUAGUGUCUGUGCUGUCAGGCCGGCCUCAGGAACAUGUGGAGACAUAUCAGCGGUUUCCAGCAGUCACACAGAACUUUGUGCCAACAUACUGUAGUUUCUAAAAAUAUUAACCUGUAUAUUCUUUUCAUCCUUUUUUUUGCUUCUUUUGUUGUUCAUUGAGAAUUAAACGUUAGAUGUUGUAAAUAUCACUUUUAAUUUAAUUUAAUCUUUAACAUAUGCUAAUAAAAUGUGAGAAAUG